AUGGCGCUCCGACGACCGCACCGGAAAUCCCGGCACGGGUGCAUGGAAUGCAAGCGGAGACGAGUCAAGUGCGACGAGGCCAGGCCGACCUGCUCCAACUGCCAAAAACGACAUGCGGAGUGUGAGUAUGGUUCGUCCAGCUCCUUGCUCUGGGCUAAUGAAGAGCCCUCGGGGAGAUUAUCGUCGCGUGCCUCGGGGUCGGACAGUGGACUGCACGGUGACCUUUCACUGGGAAGCCCCGGCUCCGAUUCAUUGGGAUUAUUAGGGAGACUGAGCGGCGAUAGCUCGACCCCCGCUGCUCCCACCGCGUUGAAUCUGCAUGAUCUCGAGCUGAUGAUGCAAUGGUGCAAUGCGACGUUCUACACGCUCUCUCGGAAUGAGCGCACAGAUGCAAUCUGGCGAAAAGCAGUCCCGGAAGAAGGCCUUCGGCAUCCAUUCCUGAUGCAUGGUAUUCUGGCUCUGUCUUCUCUGCAUUUGGCGAGGACCGCGCCCGAGGCUUCGGGGCGGGCUGCGUACCUCAAUCGUGCGGUGGCGCACCAAAACCAAGCAUUGUCGCUGUUUCGCGAGCUUUUGGGCGAUAUUAAUGAAGGAAAUGCUAAAGCGAUGUUUGCAUUCGCCGGCAUCGUCGUCGUCUACACUUUUGGCUUCCCCCAUACACCUGAUGUGCACGAUCCAUGGACCUGUGUGGACGACCUGUACCAGGUUCUCGUCUUGACCCGAGGUGUUUCACAAGUCAUUCGAUCUCCAGCCGACUUCCUCAGCCACGGAUCCUUUGCACCAAUUCUCCAAGUUGACGAAAACCCCGCGCCAUUACCAGACGACGCGACCACAGCAAUCCGACGCCUCCACGAAGCCAACGAGAUAUGUCGCGCCCGCGACCCACACCACGAGACAGACGCCUACACCGUAACAAUCGACAAUAUCGCCGAAAUGUUGAGCUGGGCUUAUGGCGGCACGACCUCGACAGUCAUCGCGGGCAGAUGGGCCAUCAAGCUGCCGCCACGGUUCUUGGACCUGCUACGCGAGCGGGAACCAUUGGCACUCGUAAUGUUAGCGCAUUAUGGCGUGCUUUUACAGCAUCUGGAGCAUCGUUGGUGCUUUGAAGAGUGGUGUGUGCGGGUUGCAAAAGCCGUGUGGGCGAUUUUGGACGAUCAGUGGAGACCGCUGGUUCAUUGGGCGAUGGGAAGGAUCCUCGGCGAAAAUUACCUCGAGCAGAUUGACACCCUGUGA